CACGCGCGCGCAUGUGACAUCACUACUGGGAUUGGCUCGCCCUCACUGGGGUGGAGAGUCUCCUCCACAGGCUACAGUGGGAGACGAAGAGGAGAGUGAGGGACAGGAGGAAUAGUUUCCAUCAGCCACGGAGCUCAGCGCAGGGGCCACCUCCACUCAGAGCGAACCACGCCCGGGGACAGGGGGAGACUGAGGGCCCCCCUCCACCCCAACUGUCCAAACUCCUGGAGGGAGGGAUGGACUGUGAAGAGGAGUUUUAGUGAGGUUACAGGUUGACAAGAUGAAGUUCGGGAAGAGCAUCUGUGUGCUCAAUGUAGGGGGAACCCGGUACGCCUUCACCCGUGAGGUGAUCAGGGAUUUCCCUCUCCGGCGCGUCAGUCGCCUGCAUGCCUGCGCAACCGAGAAAGAGGUUCUUGAACUAUGCGAUGACUACGACCGGGAUCGGAAUGAGUUUUUCUUCGACCGCCAUGCGCAGGCUUUCUUGUUCAUUAUGCUAUAUGUGCGCUCCGGCAAACUCCGCUUUGUCCCUGGAGUGUGUGAACUGUCCUUCUACACAGAGAUGCUCUAUUGGGGGCUGGAGAGCGCGCACUUGGACUCCUGCUGCCAGAAACGCCUGGACGACAGGAUGUCCGAGAUCGGACUGGACAGUCUGUCUGAGGAGGACAUCCGAGUAUCGUCGGAUGAGUCCCAGAAUCCGAGCGAGCCGGUACAACGGACUGAGCUCACCGGUCGCGCUAGAUGGCUCGAGCUGAUACGCAAAACAUUCGAGGAGCCAGACUCUUCGCUUGCGGCGCAGGUUUUGGCUUCAGUGUCCGUGAUCUUUGUGAUCGUCUCUAUGAUCAUGCUGUGUGCCAGCACUCUGCCGGACUGGGAUACAGCCAAGAGAAAUACUGUGGAGGAGCACAGGAUAGUGGAGGCCGUUUGCAUUGGCUGGUUUACAGCAGAGUGCACAGUGCGCUUUCUGGUGGCCAGAGACAAGUGGGACUUCCUCCGCCGGCCGCUGAACAUCAUUGAUGUGAUUGCCAUCACACCCUACUAUGUCACCAUGGUGAUGGCCGGGGCAGGGAUGCCGGGUGCCGGGCUCGGGGUUGCUGGGGUAAUACUUCGGGUGCUGAGGAUGAUGCGAGUCUUCUGGCUCAUGAAGCUGGCCAGACACUUCCUGGGGCUGCAGACACUGGGGCUGACGCUCAGGCGCUGCUACCGGGAGAUGGUCAUGCUGAUGGUGUUUGUCUUCGUCGCCAUGGCGAUAUACAGCGCUCUGGCCCAGCUGCUGGAGCACGGCUUGGAUUUGGGCACGCAGAACCCGGAUUACGCCAGCAUCCCUGCCGCCGCCUGGUGGGUCAUCAUCUCCAUGACGACAGUUGGGUACGGGGAUGUGUACCCUGUGACAGUUGGGGGACGGGUGCUUGGGGGCAUGUGUGUAGUGAGUGGCAUUGUUCUACUUGCGCUGCCCAUUACAUUCAUCUACCACAGUUUUGUACAGUGCUACCAUGAACUCAAACUCCGCUCUGCCAGAUACGCUCGCAGCCUGUCAACAGAGAUACUGUAAUGACCAUUUAUACCAAACACCUAUGGCCCCCGGCUACAUCAGAAAGGAACUCUACAAACCAGAAGAGCUGCUGAUGCCCCUUGUGAAAUGAUGCUCAACUCUGCUCUGCCCUGUUUCCUGCCUGAGCUGCAUCUGUUGGCCCGUGUAAUUCCUGCCUGUUGUGUUGAUGAUCUCCAAUCAUCAUCUUCAAUCAGCAUGCUGCGCGCGCGUCUCCUUAACAACACCAUUUGGACAGAAGAAUAGGAAUACGCAAAUAAUUAUUUAUUAAACACACACAGGAGCAGUCAAUCCAGAUUCGACAGUGGCUGCUGUUUACACUGUAUUUCCAUGGUUACAACAUUGGCAGAGACGGCUGCUUUUUUGUAUGUUGCAUCAAGUGCUGUGUGUGUGUGUGUGUGUCUUUGUCUGGCCAUCACUUUGUCUAAGCUUCUCACCCAGAUGGUACCAGUUACACAAGAUUGAUAUGUGACCUAGAUACAUUCUGUUAAACCUAUGAAAUAUAAAGAAGGAGUGAACAAGUGAGUGCAAAGUGGAGAUGGAGAAGGGGUACACAGAGGGCUUAUUGUGUAGGAGUGGCAUAAACCUGAUAAUGAAAUAUGGAUACAGGUCAACAAGGUGUACAAGGUGUCAGACAAAUAAAGGGUUGACGGAUAUGACAGGGCAGAUGGAGUGUGAAACGGGAGGAUAAAAGACGACGGGACGAAAUGACAGACGACAGAAUAUGAACAAGCUGGAGCACAAAGACUGAAUAGAUGGAGUGUGUGUUCUCCAUUUGUGAGAGAAUGCAAGGCAUCUUGUAUUUCUGCGUCUCCAAGGCAACCUCAUCCUCCAACAUGUCAAUCAUAACGUGCACACACAAAUAGGCCACAUACACGCACAUGUCCAUGCUGGCACGCAGCAUUUUUUGUGAUUACUGGGAAUAUGACAUCACAGGAUUAGUUUAAAAUUGCCACAAAAAAAAAAAAAGAAAACCAAGAGAGGAAACAGAAAUGAACAGUAGAGGCUGUCACAGAUGAUGGUUCUGACAUUCGGUGAAUGAGAUGUUUCCACUGUCCACGGUUUGCCAAGAGACACAUGAUCCAAACAAACAAGUCAACACCUCUCCCACACAACAGUCUUUCUCUGCAUCUUCUCUCAUCUUCCUCCUGUUGCCAUCAACCAUCCUCUUUUUACACACCAUGCUCACACACACACACACACACACAUAUCAAGCUCUUUCCCUUCUGUUGCAAAGGAAAUUAAACAAUGAAUGAGUAUGUUCAUUAUCAGUCUGUCCUCAACUUUAAAGUCAAAAUUUGGUAUUUCAUCAUGAAUUUUGCGGUGUGUAUUAUAAACAGUACAUGUCUCAAUAUCCUCGUCUUUGUAGUACCAACAUGCUUUUUAAAUAGUUUAACUGCCUCAAAAAAUUAAGGAUAAUCAGUAUUUUAUUACCUACUGGUGAAAACACAUAAUUUUGAACUCAUGUAUAGCUUAUAGCCAAGUGAAUUUAGUCCAGGCCUGAUUGAAAUCAUCAAUCAAAACUUUUUCAUCAGUAGUCUAUGGACUUGUAAUUAAUGUGACCGAUG